AUGUUGGAAGACCCUGUUUUUAUAAUUACAAGAAAUAUUUAUCAAUUUCUAAUUGGCAAUUAUGAAGAUAUCAAAGGAAUGUUAGUAAAAAAGCAUUCAGUAAACCUACAGACACAAGGCGAGUUUAGUUUUCCCAACACAGUUAAAUCAUGGCACGAAUAUAUUAACACAAAUACAAAUUCUGAAUUAAAAGACUUCACUUUAUUAAACUCUAUUGGAAAAGAGACGAUGGAUAUAAUUAUUACAUCACAGGAAUGGGUUAUACCAAUUAUAGAUGCGAAGAAAAUAAAAGAUCGUAUUCAUAUAUUUCUCGAUAGAAAUAGAGGCGUUAAGGUCGGAUUAACAAGUGCAAUACAAAAUAAUAACUCGAUUUCCAAUAAAUUAAGUGGAAAUACGUUCUUCUCGCUUGUAGAUAAACUUUGUGAAGGGUCCUGUAUAACCUCCCUGAGACUAAAAUGUUUGAGUGAUGUAAUAAAUCACUUGCUGGUAAUUAAUUCCACUCAUUUACCACAAGCAUCCAAUAUAGUCCUGACUUCAAAGUCAUCAAAUCAAAAGAACUAUGAAGGGAGAUUAGUACUGUGUGGUACUGUUCUAAAUGCAAACACAAGUGUUAAGGAAAAUGCAUUGAAUGGAGAAGACUUUAUUAGGUUGCGUCAGAAUGAGCUAACAUUAAUUGCACAACAUAAAUAUGGAGUAAGAGUUGCAACUGAUACUAAAUGGAAAGAGUUUAUCUCACAUUUAGGAGAAUCCGCUGUGACAUUUGAACUGCUACAGACUAAACCAAGUUGUGCUGUAAAAAUUAAUUUCGAUGUUUCCUCUGGCUCAAGUAGAGGUGCAGCAUUUAUUUUAUACAACUGUGCCAGAUUGGAAACAAUAAUAAGGACAUACAAUGAGAGAGUAAAUGAGGGAACCUAUCCACCGUUACCAGAGUUUGAGAAGACUGAUUUCACAUUAUUAACUCAGGAGGAGGAAUGGUGCCUGAUAUUUAAUUACAUCUUGGGGUUGCCAUCGUUGUUGAAAAAUUGUGUGGAAAUCAAUGACCACACAUGUGAUUUUAGACCUCAUCUAAUAUGCGGAUUUUUGAGUUCUAUGGUCAGAUUGAUCAGUCAAUAUUACAGGAAGACUAGAAUAUUAACGGAACCAAGAAAACAUCUGUUGCCUGUCAUGUUCGCGCGCCUCCACAUGCUGAAAAUUUUAAAUGAAACUUUAAAGAUUUGUUUAAGAGUUUUAAACAUUAAAAGUGUUUCUCAAAUGUAA